AUGCAGAGCCAGAUCGUGUGCCACCGCUGCCGGAGGGUGCUGGCCUACCCGUCAGGGGCGCCCAGCGUGUGCUGCGCCAUGUGCCGAGCCAUCACCGCCGUGCCACCCCCAGCGCCAGCAGUGGAAAUGGCUCAGCUUAUAUGUGGUGGUUGCCGAACUUUGCUGAUGUACACCCGUAAUGCAGACACUGUGAGAUGCUCAUGUUGCAGUACUGUCAAUCUUGUCAGACCAGUCAAUAAUAUAGCCCACGUGAACUGUGGUCGGUGCCGAACAACUUUGAUGUAUCCACAUGGAGCACCUUCUGUCAAAUGUGCCAUCUGCGAUUAUAUCACAAAUAUCACAAAUACUGGAAUAAAUACCAUGUCACCAGCGCCAUGUCCAAGGCCUACAUCAAAUGAAUCUGCAUAUAAUGCCUCAUCAGCUUCUGUUCCCACACCUCAACCCCAGAAUGUAACCGUCGUUGUUGAGAACCCUAUGACAGUUGACGAAAAGGGUAAACUGGUCAGCAACGUCGUAGUUGGAAUUACACCUGGGAAAAAUUGA